GGCUCAGUCUCCGGUAAUGUUCGGCGGGUUACACACGCCCCUCUCCGCCCCUGCUUGGAGACAGGUGGUUGGCGUCCAUGCCACCAUCCUCCCUCGCCUAGUGUAACAAAUACCUUCUGGCACCCAGGCAAAGGCUCGCUCGCAGCGUCAGCGAGCGCGUCCCCGAUGGACUUCCAGCGUAUAACCUCCGCGAUCACCGGCCGGAGGGCAGCUGGAGUAGGGGGCCGCAACCGGAACGCUCAAGGAGGGGAGCCCCGCCGAUCUACUCCUCGAAUGCUUUCCAGCCAAUCCCUCCAGCAGCCGUUCAUGGGAGGGGGCCUACCGACGGAGGAAUGAGAUGCACGAGUGAAAAGUUGACACGAUUUUUAGGCGGGGUUCUGCGUGUGACAGGCGGCGGGAUCAUUUCUGAUUAUCCACCCGAGCUUGGAAGUUGUUCCCUGGAGAGGAGACGGGUGUCAAAAUGGCUUCGGGCGCCGGGAAGGCUGUACAGACCCCGGGGCAGGGCUCAGCCGUCAAUGGGAAUGCGGCAGAGUUCCAGAACGUCGAGCAGGAGCAGCACGACUUCCAGAUGCACAACAAAAUGUGCAAGAAGAUUGCUCAGCUCACUAAGGUGAUUUAUUCCCUCAAUAUGAAGAAUGAGGAACAGGAGGCGGCCCUGCAGUCCUUGAACCACGCCCACGACGAGGAGCUACACCGCAUCCUGAUGGAGACAUGUCACGAGGGGGAGGGGUCGGCGCUGAGGACACGACUCCUUCAGCUGCAGGAGUCUCUGGAUGAGCAGCAGAGGGUUGGAGCGCAGGUACAAGCCGACUUUGAGUGCUUCCGCAUGCAUUCAGAAGAGAGAGAGCGGGAAACUGAAGCCGAACUGAGAAGAGAUUUUGAAGACAGGCUCCAGGCUGCAGAGGAGGACCUUCAGGAGGCCAGGUCCCACAUCAGCACCGCUCAGGAGGAGAACAAGCGACUGAGCAAAGAACUGGAAGAAGCCGAGGAGAGGAUCCAAGAGUUGAGUAACAAAUGUGAGGUGCUGCAGAGAGAUGCCAAGGAAGAAAAAGAAGAGGACAAGGACGAGGAUGAGGCAAAAAGAACGAAAAAUGAGGUGUCCCAAAGAGUAAAGGGACUCUUGGAGGAAGUCAACAUGCUGAAGGAGGAAAAGCAUCAAAGGGAGGAGGAGAACAGGAGAGCGGCGGAAGAGGAAAAGGAACAAUGGGAGCAAAAGAUAGAAGAGGAGAAGGAGACCUUGAGGAAGAAGAUGGAGGCUGAAUGGCGGGAGGAGCAGCGCAAGUGGGAAGAGAGGGAGGAAGAGGAGAAGAAAGGAAUGCACAGCGCUUUAAGAGAAAGAGUAAAGAGGGCCGAGGCAGAGGUGGAGAGCCACCUGGAGAGGUUGGCGGAGAGCACAAGGAACACCGUCAAACUGCAGGAGCGCAUUCAGAACCUGGAGGAAGAGCUGGAACUCAAUCGGAAGCGAGUGUCCGAGGCUGAGGGCGCGGCUAAACGGGCAGAGGAGGAGCUUGCUGUGGCCAAAGAGAGACUGCUGCUGCAAGAAGAUGAGCUGCAGACAAGAGCAGAGGAGCUGCUCAAUGUGGGAUGCAAGGUGUGUGUGUGCGCUGAUGUGGAGGACCUCAAGAGCCAGCUAAGUCGUCUGCAGAGUAGAAACAGAGAGUUGGAGCUACAGAGCAGUGGCAGGAACAAUGACCACGCCCGACAGAUCCGCCAGCAUGCAGAGGCCCUGUCCACAUUGCGUUCCGAGAUGGUGAGAGCCCAGACCGAAGAGCUUCGCCGCAUCCAAAAGCACGCGGACGAUGAACGAGACAAACUGCAACGGGAGAUGGACAAGGAGCGAGAGAACCUGCAGAAGGAACGAGAACAAGAAAAGAGUCACUUGGAGAAGGAGAGGAACCGACUGCGGCGAGAGAGAGACGAGGAGAAGGAUGCAGCGCGAAAAGAGGCAGAGGAGGUCAGAGAACAACUGAGGAGAGAAAAAGAGGAGGAGGUAGAGCUUCUACGCAAGGAACUGAACGUGGAACGGGUCAGAGUCCGCUCCCAACUGGACAAGCGCUUGGAGCAGGUGGAGGUGCAGAGAGCUGGCAUGCAGCAGAAGCUGGAGGAGGAGAAAAGGAGGUUGGUGGAGAAGGCAGACGAGGACAGGAAGCGACUGAAGGAGCAGGUGCGCAAGGCCAUCGAGGAGGUGAUGAGGAGACAUGCGGCUGAAGUGAACAACAUCCAAGAAGCUCUGAGCUCUGAGAAGAAGACCAACCAAGAGGUGUGUGCACAUCUAGAGGAGGAGAGGAGAAGAACCGGGGAUCUUCAUGACACACUGGAGAGGGAACGAGAUGAACAUGAGACAAAGAUUAAAGAUGCCAACAAUGAGAUCUUCCGUUUGAAGACUGUCAUCCAACAACAAGAAGAGAAAGACAAAGUAGCAUCAGGGGCAGCGCCCCCAUGUGGACCGCGGUGCUUACGCUUGCAGGACGAUCUGCAGCACAGCCAAAGUCGUUUGACUGCGAUGCAGGAGGAAGCGGAGAAGCAGCGGGAAAAACAGCAAAGAGAGAUCGCCUCCCUCAAGGCAGACAAACACCGGCUAGAGGAGAAAGUUCUAGAACAGAGUCGACUGACCACAGAGAGGAAUAUUUUAGAGCAGAGUCAGCGGAACACAGAGGACCGCAUCAGGGCAGAAUGUGAAGAUCGCCUCAGAGCGGAGUUCCGCAUCGAGAUGAACGCUGCCGUGGCUGAGAGCGAGCAGAGGUGGCAGAACCAGGAGCAGGAGCUGCAUAGUCAGAUCGCUGAUCUGCAGAGUCAGCUGGAUGAGAUGCAGACAGAGAAAAACAAAGAAAGCCCUGAGAACGAUUCCCGCGUCAACCCUGAGAUUGACAAGCUGAAGAAAGAGGUCCAGGAGACCAAGGAGAUCAACAAGAAGCUGAGGGAACGGCUGCAGGAACCUCAAUGUCAGUCAUUAGUUGAGGAGCGACAGAGUCAUGCCGUGCAACUGCAAGCCAUGGAGAGACAAGCCAAAGAAGAUGUUCUGUCCGAGAGGAACCGACUACAGACCAUGCACCAUCUGGAGUUAGAUAAGCAGCGAGCAGAGCUGACCCAGCAGCACACAGAGUGGAGCAGACAGAUGACCCAGAGACAUAUGCAGCAGAUUGAAGACCUUCAGGCACAGCUACAGGCACACACGCAGAUGAUGGCACUGCAACAAGACCUGAAGCAGCAGAACCAGAACCAAGUGUUUGAGAGGCAGCUGGAUGAGAGUCGUUGCGCCAUGUUGGAGCUUCAGAGAGAGAAUGCGACACUCAAGAAGCAAUUACAGGAGAAGGGUAUUUCCAUUCGUCCUUGUCUUUACAGAUCCAUUCAAGCCAACCCCAAAGUCGAAGAGAAAGAAGAAGACAACGUGGAAUUGCGAAAGACCAGAGAUGCCCGCCUGGAAGAAGAAGCACAGAGGCUGAAAGAGGAAGUGGAGAAGCUGAGGGUGGAGAUGGAGAAACUGGAGGAGUCACAGAAACUGUGGGAGGAAAGGAAAGAGGAGGAUGAUAAAGAGGAGGAAGGGGAGCAGGAGAAUAAGAAGAAACCAGCAAAUGAGGAGGAGCGAGAGGGGGAUGAGAGCAGGAGAAAAGAGCUGGAGGAGAUCAGGAAGGAGCACAAGAAAGAGAUUCAGAAUUUGGUGUGUGAAUACAACGGUGCUCAGAUGCACCUGCAGGCUCGUAUCGUCGCUUUGGAGAACGAGCUGCGUGAGCGGGAGGAGCGAUGUCGGAGGAGAGAACCUCGAUGCGAUGACCUCCAGCUGGGGAAACUUCAGGAGAGAUUGGCAGAAAGAGAUCAGCUCAUUAAACGAUUAGUGGAAGAACGGCAUCAGCUGCAGCUCCACCACCCUGUUGUUGGGGACAACAGCAGCUCCAGGCCCCGGGACAGCAAGCCCUGCCCCGGGAGCACCACGCCAACAAUGAGGACAAAGCAUACGGCGUCGCCUCCUCGUGGAAGCACCAUCUCCUGCUCGGGUGCUUACGACCGCCUCCCUCCUUACUCAUCGUCGUCUUCCACCCUGCCUCACCAGUCCACCUCCCACGCUCACAGCUCCCCCCACUACUCCACCUCGUCUCUUCCACACAAGCACACCUCCCUCUCCCUCAGCCGACAUUCCUCCCCCUCUCUGCCCCGCUCCCCGAGAUCCCGAACCUCCUGCGUCCCUCCCACGCCGGCACCCACCGCCCCGCUACCCGUCUGCCCCUCUCCACAGACAGGCAUUCGCUACGUGUCGCCAUCCUGCCAGGAGCCAUAUGCGUAUCUGCAGGCGCAAUCUAUCAGGGGGCCUUACGUGGAGCAGAGAGGGACUGAAGCGCUAAAACAGGAGUGGUUUACCAAAUACUUCUCCUUCUGAGCACAACUCAACAGUUCAUUGCUUCUGCAGCCUGUGUGAGUGUGUGUGUGUGUGUGCUCUUCCCAACAUCCAUCUGGGAACUCCACCGAUUUUACACAUGGACAAAAGUGGACAAAGACAAAUCAAAAUGGAUUGCAGGGCUGAGAAGGAACAACGCAAUGCUGAAAGCAAAGAGAUGCUCCAGUUGCAUUGUAGGUAAUGUAGUAUGCUGACAUCAUUUCUAUACUGUAUGUAUAUCUGGUUUGUUGCAUUGAUUUUGAAGAUGAUAUAUGGAGCAUUGUGAGAGAUACUAUAAAAUCGGUGGAGUGCUCUCAGAACAGACCCAUGGGCUCAUCACCAGCAAGGCCAUCUCCGACAUUGCCUCAAACCUCAACCAAAAAGUGCUUCUCAAAAAAAAAAAAAGGAAAAAAAAUCUGACCUCUUCUGGGCCUCCUGGAUCUUGUUUGUGUGGUUUGAAAUGUCUCCAUGUUUUGUUUUGUUUUUGUAAAGCAGUCUUCCUUUUUAAAAAUUUGCUUCAAUGUUAUCACACGGUUAUUGAAGGCAAAUCUGUCCAUAUCGCCAUGUCUUCUACUAUGGAGGCAUUCCACGUAUCCAAUCAAGAUCCGCAUUAAUACCACACACACACACUUCUCACCAUACCAAAAUGAAGCUUGUUUUGAUGCAAAAAUGUAAGAUAGUCUUAAUGAACAAAUUGAAUAAAUAUUUUGUUUUUCUACUUGAUGCUUCUUCAUGUGCUGCUCAGUCCAAAUGGACGUUCCUUAAUAAGCACUAUUAACACCCAUAAUCCAAAUUAGUAUGGUAUUAAACCAUCCAUUUUGGAUGGUUUUGAGGUAGGCAUUGGAAUUAAAGCAAAAAUAAAGUUACCGGGGUUGGUAUUGAUGUGCUAUUGAAACAGGGGGCAUGUUUGGAAUGCAAAACUGAACUGCAGGAUGUUUUUGUAGAAAUGUGUUGUUCAGUACGUUGGAAUGAGGCUGAUUGCCGUUCCAUUUGUUACUGUGAUGGACAAAACCAUCAAAUCAUCAUUAAAACAUCACAUAAUACAAGUGACUGUUGGAGAUGUUAUCAAUGAACGACCCAUUCUGCUUUAUCAUUAACAUAUAAAUAUUAAACUGAUAAUCUCCUUGGCUCAUGAAGAGCUCCUCGUCCUUUAAUAUAUCACACAUACACAUGCCCAAGGUCUAAGGUCAAAUAAGUCCCCCACUAUGUAGCUGUUGUCUGGGGAGACACAAGCACCAGACUAGAUUGCCAGGACAGGCUUUUAUUGCAUGCCUGAAUCAUCUCAAAACAGGCCCAAUAAUCCCUUAUAAAAACAUGUGCUAUUGAAAAAGGGGGCAUUUUUUGAGUGCUUCUGUUGCACAACUGAACUUCAGGAUGUUUUGGUAGAAAUGUGUCAGUUCCUUUUGCGUGUUCUUGGUGCCCCUUCCUCCCGUUCCACGAUACCUCAUGGCAAGCAGCUUGGAGCACAGGUAGUGGAGCCACAGCACGUUGGAAUGAGGCUGGUAGCUGUUCCAGUCGUUACUGUGAUGGACAAAAACAUCAAAUCAUCAUUAAAACGUCACAUAAUACAAGUGAUUGUUUGAGAUGUUAUCAAUAACCGACCCGUUCUCCUCUCUCAUUAACCGAUAUAUAUCAAACUGGUAAUCUCCUUUGCCCAUGAAGAGCUCCUCGUCAUUGGAGAUGUCGCAGGAUACUGUGAGACCAUCUGGAGAGGGAGAGAUAAGCGUACAAUGCAGUCAUUUUAACUCGCAAUCAAACAUAUAAGUCGACAUCUGAAGAACUCAACUGACCAAUUUCCAGUCUGGAGAGAGAGUAGUCAAUGAUGCGCACAAGAACACCUUUUGUUUCCAGAGUGUGGACUGUUCCAUUCAAGAGGUAGCUCCCAGUCUUCUCUUUUGUUGUUUUAACCAGGACGUUGCCCCAGUGGAGAUCCCUUUGCAAAGAAAGCACAGGUUGACAGAGCCUCUAAAAAACAUCCACAACAUAUUUGCUUUCUUGUAGUUGCCGGAGAGAACUGUAUACAUACAAAAUGUGCUUACAGCAAAGGCAGUGUUGUUAUAUAUCAUUUCCUUUUUAGCAAACAUUUUCACCCCUUGCUUUUUUCCCAUUUUUUUUGCUAUUUCCCUUUUCUCAAACUUUAUCAAAAAGCUUUUCUUUUCUUUUUUCGAUUCUUAGGGCAUUCAUUCGCAAUGUCUUGACAUUGCAUUCAUCUAGUUUAUGGAAUGGAAUACUGUUCUGGCAGUAUUCCAUUCUGGAAAUUUGAAAGUGACGGCAAACUUUGUGUGUGUGUGUUUACUUCGGUCAAAAAAAUAUAUAAAAAAAUAAUAAAAAUAAAAAAAUAAUAAUAAAAAAAAAAACGAAACUGAAAAAUUUUAGUCCCUUACACUUCCUGUAUUUUGAAUAAGUUCAAAAUAAGAGCAUGCCCCAGUACCACAUGCAGUUAAGCCACUCAUUUAGUCCACACUUUCCACUCAAACAGACAGUUUUCACUCAGAAAACUGAGUUAGAGCAGCCUAUCUCAUUCAAAAGAGAAUAAAUCUCACCCAUAUUCAACUCUUGUUGUUAUGUUUCCCCACAUACAGUGAAGAAAAUAAGUAUUUGAACACCCUGCUAUUUUGCUAUUUCUCCCACUUAGAAAUCAUGGAGGGGUCUGAAAUUUU